CGGGUGUCCACGCCGGCUGCGCGGCGUCAAGCACGGACAGUCUCGACCAGCGGCCUCGCCACUCACCGAAGUAACCUCGGGAAUCAGCAACGGCCGCCGCCAGCACCAACGUGGCAGAACCGCCAGCAAAACCACAAAUAAGUUUGAAACUUUUCCUGUACGACAUUUUGUUGUCGCUAACGGAUGCUAACAAAUUAGCUCAAGCGGGCUGGCGUGUCGUCAACGCCUAAUGCUGCCUUCUGAUAAACCCGAGUUAUUUUAAAGCUAAAUGUGUUAAUAUUUAAACUAUAAAUUGAUAUCCAGCACGCUGCUAAUAGAGACAACGGUGUCUUACAAAAGUAAAAAUAGAGAAUAGUCCGCCGUCGACGACAUCGAUGGCUAAUCUAAAAGCAGGUUGCUACGGCAGCCCGUUUGGGUCAAACAUGGGCAAGAUGGCCGCCAGGGAGCGCGCUUGUCCAACUAAUUACAUUUACAAGAAAGUAGUCGCUUUGAAUUACCGUACUUAUUACAUUUAGCGCUAUUAAAUUAAUCAAAUAUAUGUUUUUGCCGUUUGAAAUAAGCUGUAAUUAGGAAUAAACACUAAAACAUCCGGUUGAGUCACGUGUUUUCCAACACGCUUUUUUAACAAGAAACGUGCUAACAUGUCCGCAAUGUGACGAUCUCUACUAGAAUGUAUGAAUGGUGGACAUAAUUAGUGAAUUAAAAAAAAACAAAAAACAUUGCAAUGGAGGCUCCACCUUUUCUAGCGGUCCGGUGACCUCACGGAUGGGCUGGAUUGGAAGGGUGGGAUUUCACAGCAGAUCUUCUCUGCCUCCCAGGAUCUCUGCACGGAUUUGGACUUGAAACAUUUUUGCUCCAAAAAGCCACAUCGGAUAUUCUUUUUUUCCCCCAUGCAACUCCAAAGCGGGAUGAACAAUUGAGGAAUGUGGACAUUACAGAAUGCCCACCAGCGCCGGAAAGAGAUUUAAACCCAGCAAAUACAUCCCCGUGUCCACAGCCGCCACACUCCUGGUGGGAUCGACCACUUUGUUUUUCGUUUUCACGUGUCCCUGGUUGACCAAGGUGAUCUCCCCCCUUGUGCCCCUCUACAAUGGCCUGGUCUUCCUCUUUGUCUUGGCCAACUUCAGCAUGGCCACCUUCAUGGACCCCGGUGUUUACCCCAGAGCGGACGAGGAUGAAGAUAAGGACGACGACUUCCGAGCGCCCCUCUACAAGAACGUGGAGGUCAAGGGCAUCCAGGUGCGCAUGAAGUGGUGUGCCACCUGCCACUUCUACAGGCCGCCCAGGUGCUCGCAUUGCAGCGUCUGUGACAACUGUGUGGAGGACUUUGAUCAUCACUGUCCUUGGGUGAACAACUGCAUCGGACGAAGAAACUAUCGCUACUUCUUCCUCUUCCUGCUGUCUUUGAGCAUCCACAUGAUGGGAGUGUUCACCUUCGGCCUUAUCUUCGUCCUACACCACAGGGAGAGGCUGGCCGUUCUGCACACGACCGUCACACUGGUGGUGAUGUGCAUCUCUGGGCUUUUCUUCAUUCCCGUCAUGGGGCUCACAGGUUUCCACAUGGUGCUUGUGGCUCGAGGUCGAACCACCAAUGAGCAAGUUACGGGCAAGUUUCGUGGAGGAGUGAAUCCUUUCACGAAAGGUUGCUGUGGCAACGUGGAGUUUGUCUUAUGCAGUCCUCUGGCGCCGAGGUACACGUUGGAUCCCCGGAAGAAGCCCCACAUUAAAAUCCAACCCCCGUUCAUCAGACCAGAACUCUCAGAGAGGAAAAUCAUCAUCAAGAUCAACGACAACGGCAUCCACAGCACCAUCGUCAACUCCAAGUCCAAAACCAGCUUGGACGGUCUGGACGACAAAGAGAGUCAGCCACCACUGCCGCCAAAAGCUGACAGGUACAACCAGUUGAAGAACCACCUGACCUCCAGUGAGGAAAGUUCCGUGUCUGCAAAGACUCAUCCCUCCACUCCCGCCAUGUACAAGUUCCGACCGUCCUUCGGCACGGUUCCAAAGGUGCACUACCACGCAGCGGGGGACAAGAUCGUCAUGCCGGACGACCAGAAGAGCUCCGCCAUCCUGGAAGAGAACAUCCGUGGUCACGACUUCCGCUCGGAGCCCAACUUGGAUCUCCCGGAGUACGCCAACGCUCCUCUCCACCGCACCUUCAAGUCCUCGCCCUUCCAGCUGGACGCCGACCCGGUCACCCCCAGGACGGUGAGCUUGAAGCAGGCCGCCCAUCGCUCAGAGAAGGGCCAACUCGUGGUGGGUCUGCAGCCUCACCCCGCGGCCUCAGCGCCGUACCAGGGCGUCUUCUCUCCCAACACGCUCUCCAACCGCAACGGCAGCUUGUCCUACGACAGCCUGCUCAACCCCGGCACGACUCCGCCCGCCGCCGGCGAGUGCUUGGCUCACCGCGGCGGGCCGCCGACGGGCUUCCACUCCCCGUACCUGCCCGCCAAGAUGUGCCACGCUCGGGAGCCUGAGAUGCAGCGGCAGCAGGUGGCCGCCUCCUACAGUCCGGCCAUGGCGUGCAGGGGGGUGGGCCGGCAGUCCCCUCACCUCCACGACCGGGAGCCGUCCCCGGUGCGCUACGACAACCUCUCCCAGACCAUCAUGGCCUCCAUCCAGGAGCGCAAGGAGCGGGAGGAGCGGGAGAAGCGCCACAUGCUGCGCGGACACUCCCACACGCACAUCUACGCCCAGGACUCCGGGGGGUUUGAGGGCGGCUCGGGGGGCUACGGCCUCCCGCCCAACCCCUGCUACGACGGGCCCCGCUGCGCCGGCUCCCGGGGUCCGACCCCUCCGGCCUACGGCAGCUCCAGAGACAACCUGAUGGGGGUCGGGCUGAGCUACGGCCAGAGAACGCCGGUGCUCCGCCAGGCCGGGUCCACCUUAGGCCGUGCCCCCAGGACUUCCUCCGGCUCCUUACACACGGAUCACAGCAUCACCAACAACAACAACCACGGGAGGGUCCAGGAGGGUCCCUACCGCUCCCCGGCCCACCACCCCCAUUCCCCCGCCAUGUCCCGAUCGCCCUCCUACUCCCACCAGAAACUCUCAUACGUGAGCGCCCAGGAGAGGAUGGACUCGCCUCGUCUGGGAGGGCCGAGGGAGUCCGUGAAAGUGAACGGCUACGUGGAUUUCCACCCCAGCGCCACGGGCGACGCCGUCAGUCCCAGUCGCCACGGCAACGUGAAGAAAGUGACUGGCGUCGGAGGCACCACCUACGAGAUUUCAGUGUGAGCGAGGGACAACCUGAUGGGAGUUAACACGACCAAUCGGAGGCGCUGUUUGUCGGCAUUACUCAUUGGCUCCCUGUACGUGUAUAUUGGAUCUUUUUGUCAGCCCAUUCUCUUUAUGGAUGCUUUGUCAGAUUGUCCAGCCGUGCGCACAAAUAAGGAACACAAUUCCAGGCAAUUCCGACAGAAUAAUACCUUUACGAGUAUGUUGAGUCCUCCUCUGCGUGGCCUCAAGAUGCAACCUCUCCAUCAGUGUCUUUGGACCACCAGAAUACCUCACACUUGGCACCGUUUCAUCGUCUAAUUGAAUGGUAUUUGUUGUCCGCUUUGGUGUUUGGGUAGAAUUCCAGGACGGGGAACAAUUUAUCGAUGCAAGAUAUUAUCGAUGUAUUAAAAAAUGUCAAUGUUUGCAGAUAUACCCAACAGUACUGUAUUGUAUGCCUGCCAUGUUUACGUUUUGUAAUCACUUAUAAAAAUUCAGCCAAUGAAAGAGAAGGGCUCCCACCAAAAAUAAAAUACACUAUAUUGCCAAUAAGUAUUUGGCCACCUACCUGCCUUGACUCACAUAUGAACUUGAAGUGCCAUCCCAUUCCUAACCCAUAGGGUUCAAUAUGAUGUCGGUCCACCUUUUGCAGCUAUUACAGCUUCAACUCUUCUGGGAAGGCUGUCCACAAGGUUGCCUAAGCGUGUUUAUAGGAAUUUUCCACCAUUCUUCCAAAAAGCGCAUUGGUGAGGUCACACACUGAUGUUGGUGGAGAAGGCCUGACUCUCAGUCUCCGUUCUAAGUCAUCCCAAAGGUGUUCUAUCGGGUUCAGGCCAGUCAAGUUCAUCCACACCAGACUGUCAUCUAUGUCUUUACGGUCCUUGCUUUGUGCACUGGUGCACAGUCAUGUUGGAAGAGGAAGGGGCUCCGCUCCAAACUGUUCCCACAAGGUUGGGAGCAUGGAAUUGUCCAAAAUGUUUUGGUAUCCUGGAACAUUCGAAGUUCCUUUCACUGGAACUAAGGGGCCAGGCCCAACUCCUGAAAAACAACCCCACACCAUAAUUCCUGCACCACCAAAUUUCACACUCGGCACAAUACAGUCCGAAAUGUACCGUUCUCCUGGCAACCUCCAAACCCAGACUGGUCCAUCAGGUUGCCAGAUGGAAAAGUGUGAGUCAUCACUCCAGAGAAGGCGUCUCCCCUGCUCUAGAGUCCAGUGGCGACGUACGUGAUGUAUGGCUUAGAUGCAGCUGCACGGCCAUGGAAACCCAUUCCAUGAAGCUCUCUGCGUACUGUACGUGGGCUAAUUGGAAGGUCACGUGAAGUCUGGAGCUCUGUAGCAACUGACUGUGCAGAAAGUCUUUGCACUAUGCGCUACAGCAUCCGCUGACCCCUCUGUCAGUUUACGUGGCCUACCACUGGGUGGCUGAGUUGCUGUUGUUCCCAAACUCUUCCAUUUUCUCAUAAUAAAGUUGACUUUGGAAUAUUUAAGAGUGAGGAAAUUUCACGACCGGAUUUGUUGCACAGGUGGCAUCCUAUGACAGUUCCACGCUGGAAAUCACUGAGAGCGGCCCAUUCUUUCACAAAUGUUUGUAGAAACAGUCUCCAUGCCUAAGUGCUUGAUUUUAUACACCUGUGGCCGGGCCAAGUGAUUAGGACACCUGAUUCUGAAAUGGGUGGCCAAAUACUUUUGGCAAUAUAGUGUAUGUAUUCAGCUCAACACUUUCAGCACAAAAUGGGCAUAAAGCAAUUGUUUAAAAAAAUAAUACAUGAGUAUCAAACACACCUGCUGUUAAAAAAAUAUUCAUUGUUAACUGAAUUUGACAAAAUAUACCUGACAUGACUUAAGACUCAGCCGUUGUUGCCUUCAAGUGGUCGAUACAUGAGAUGUUAGGAUGUUCUCUACAUGAAGACAAUGGAAGAAACAUUUUAUUGCUUUCAUUGUUCAGAAAAAAAUGGUGCGCAAUAAGAGCUGGUAUACAGUAAAUGUUUGUGGUGUGCAAUGUGUUAAAAGUCCUAACACAAGUUGAAGCAGACAAGUUGUCAUCCCUCAAGUUUUGUUAGCCCAGAGAGUCUAUGACAGUGGUUCUUAACCUGGGUUCCAUCGAAACCCUGGGGGUUCGGCGGAGGUCAAGACACACCCGACUCAUCGUGUAAAUAAAAACUUCUCCCUAUCGGUGUAUUACGGAUACGGCAACAGCAGAAGUCAGACUGAUUUGCAGGUGUCAUUUGUUGUGAGUUUAUGAACUGUGUUGGUUUUGUUCUUUGAACAAGGUGAUGUUCAUGCACGGUUCAUUUUGUGCACCAGUAAAAAAACAUGGUAACACUUUAGUAUGGGGAACAUAUUCACCAUUAAUUAGUUGCUUAUUAACAUGCAAAUUAGUAACAUAUUGGCUCUUAACUAGUCAUUAAGUACUUAUUAAUGCCUUAUUCGGCAUGGCCUUAUUAUAACCCUAAACCUCUAACCCUAACCAUCCAUCCAUCUUCUUCCGCUUAUCUGAGGUCGGGUCACCGGGGCAGCAGCCUAAGCAGGGAAGCCCAGACUUCCCUCUCCUCAGCCACUUAGUCCAGCUCCUCCCGGGGGAUCCCGAGGCGUUCCCAGGCCAGCCGGGAGACAUAGUCUUCCCAACGUGUCCUGGGUAUUCCCCGUGGCCUCCUACCAGGACACGUUCCUCUCCUACCGGUCGGACGUGCCCUAAUCACCUCCCUAGGGAGGUGUUUGGGUGGCAUCCUAACCAGAUGCCCGAACCACCUCAUCUGGCUCCUCUCCAUGUGGAGGAGCAGCGGCUUUACUUUGAGCUCCCCCCAGAUGACAGAGCUUCUCACCCUAUCUCUAAGGGAGAGCCCCGCCACCCGGCGGAGGAAGCUCAUUUCGGCCGCUUGUACCCGUGAUCUUGUCCUUUCGGUCAUAACCCAAAGCUCAUGACCAUAGGCGAGGAUGGGAACGUAGAUCGACCGGUAAAUUGAGAGCUUUGCCUUCCGGCUCAGCUCCUUCUUCACCACAACGAAUCGAUACAGCGUCCGCGUUACUGAAGACGUCGCACCGAUCCGCCUGUUGAUCUCACCAUCCACUCUUCCCUCACUCGUGAGCAAGACUCCGAGGUACUUGAACUCCUCCACUUGGGGCAGGGUCUCCUCCGCAACCCGGAGAUGGCACUCCACCCUUUUCCGGGUGAGAACCAUGGACCCGGACUUGGAGGUGCUGAUUCUCAUCCCAGUCGCGUCACACUCAACUGCGAACCGAUCCAGUGAGAGCUGAAGAUCCUGGCCAGAUGAAGCCAUCAGGACCACAUCAUCUGCAAAUAGCAGAGACCUAAUCUUGCUGCCACCAAACCGGAUAUCCUCAACGCCUUGACUGCGCCUAGAAAUUCUGUCCAUAAAAGUCGUGAACAGAAUGGGUGACAAAGGGCAGCCUUGGCGGAGUCCAACUCUCACUGGAAACGUGUCCGACUUACUGCCGGCAAUGCGGACCAAGCUCUGACACUGAUCAUACAGGGAGCGGACCGCCACAAUCAGACAGUCCGAUACCCCAUACUCUCUGAGCACUCCCCACAGGACUUCCCGAGGGACACGGUCAAAUGCCUUCUCCAAGUCCACAAAGCACAUGUAGACUGGUUGGGCAAACUCCCAUGCACCCUCAAGGAUCCUGCCGAGAGUAUUUUUAUUCAUUUAUUUUUUUGGACACUUGGGGAACAUAUUCUAAGUAACAAAGACUUAAUUUAGAGUUAUUUAACCCUAACCAAAUAACUCUAAAUUAAGUCUUUGUUACUUAGAAUAUGUUCCCCAUACUAAAGUGUUACCAAAAACAUAACUUUAUCUUGAAUUUGAAAAAAAAGAAAUCUGAUUUUUCACUAAAGGGUUCGGUGAAUGCGCAUAUGAAACUGGAGUUCGGUACCUCCAACAAGGUUAAGAACCACUGGUCUAUGAUCUUUAGACAUUUGACUUAACUGUAUUAAGACUAUUGUAUAAAUGUGCUAUUUUUGUGAAGAAAUAUUUCCCUGAAACCUGGGCAAAAUAAAUAAAGUUUACU